AUGACUCUCGGGGAUUGCCAGUGCAUAUGUCAAGACUUUGUCUUUGGAGAUGUCUGCUCUCAUGGAGCCAAUGAAACAACUCCUCACAUUGGAGCUCUGCCAACUCGAAAUGCAAAUAUUACGUUGGAAAUUUACAUUGAUUAUCAGGAUGCGUAUAAGGAUAUAAAUUCAAAUGAUGCAUUAGAGUUUAUAAAGAAAUUACAACCAGAGCUGGAAGCACUUUGCAAAAGAGCGGACCCCGAAUCCUUUGAAGCUGUCCAAGUUAUAAAAUUAACAAAUGGAAGCGUUAUCUCAGAGAGUGUGGUGAUGUACAGCUAUCAAAACAAUGACACACAUAUAAGGUUUCUCAAUACCCGGCUUGAGGAUGUGCUGACUGAUAUCUUCAAUGACACAAAAAACCUUGACAAUGUUUCUCAGGUUUUCAGUACCAAUGUGUCAUUUAAUGGACUCAGCUUGCACCCGCCAAUGAUCACAGACAUUGAACACCUGGAGCCUUUUGUCGACUGCUCCCAUUUUAAAAAUUACACUGCUGAGAUCAUUAGAGGUGUAUGGCAGUGCGUUGGACCCUGCAAAACUAAUCAUGAUUACUGCCAACAACGUGGAGAUUGUUUUAAUGACAUCAAUAAAGGACCCGUGUGCAGGUGCUAUCAAAACAGUUUCGAACAAUACUAUGGUACAAGAUGUGAGUCCUUCCGCAGAGGUCCAGGUUUCUAUGGUGCACUGUUUGGAUCUCUGGCUAUUGCACUCCUGCUUUUGAUCACCAUUAUCACCAUUACGUAA